CGCUGACAUUACUCUCACUCACUCGCUCCUCUGUGGAAAAACUCGGCGUCAGUCAGUGUUUGCGGAGAGGAAACUUUCUUCCUUUGACGGCGCGCAGUCGACGAGAUUUGCAGCUAUCCCAAGCACACACCGCUCCAUCUGUUUGGAUUACUGGCAUCCGCGACUCCAAAAACAUAAUCCGCAAAGCUUCUCGGAAGGUGGAUUUGUGCGGUUCCCUUCAAUUUGUGCGUGACAACUGUAUUCAAGUGCGCGCGGCUUCCGGAUAUAUCCCUGUUUUGCUGUAUCUCGCCAAAAGCGUACGAGCACAGUUUGCGGAUUUUUCUUCUUUACGGCGUCUUACCCCGUGAACUCUCUUUAAAUCUCACAUUGGUUUAAUUCGUCUUAAAUAUCUGCACCAGCAUGAAGAUACGCGCGUGAGAGUGGAGAUUUUCUCUGAUGAAAGGAGUCGAGUGCUCAGCUCGAGUUCACUAGGGUCACUUCCGGAUGAUGACAGUAAACAUGGAUGGCGGUCUCCAAAAUGGACCCGGACAGCACAAGAACUCGCAAGAUGAUGAAGAAGCGCUCACCUCCAUAAUGAAUGACCUGGCAGCUUUACGCUUCUGUUACCAGUUCAAGAGUAACAACAGCAACAAGCCCAAGAGCAGAACCCCGUCCUACAGACAGGAUUUACGGGUGAAGCUGGAGCAUGAGCGAGAGAAACGAAUCAUUCCGUUCCAAAGGCCGCUGAAGUUCAAGGAUCUGCUUCAGAAGGUGACCGAGGCCUUCGGUCAGCAAAUGGACCUAUACUACACAGAUAAAGAGAUGUUGGUGGCUCUGAAGUGUCAGGAGGAUUUGGACCGAGCAGUUCAGGGAUUGAGCUCCAGCUCUGCAAUGAACAACCUACUGAGAGUGAUUCUGAAAACACCACCCAACAACCAAUUCCUUCAAGUGAUCGGCCAAGACAAGCAGAGCGAGAUGAGGUCAUCCAGGUCCCUGGGAGAUCUCAAAGCCUCGGUUCUCAAAGGCUCUGAACGAGUGCGCAAACACUCUACAGGAUCUCUGAACACAGGCCGAACCUCACCUCCUCCGGGCAGCGUACCAGAAGAACAACAGCAGAUCGCUCGGCAGGGGUCCUACACCAGCAUCCACAGUGAAGGAGAGUUCAUCCCAGAAAUGCUCGACUCCAAUAUUAUGGAGGCGUUUGGGAGUGCGAAUGGGUCACUUUCCAGCAGCUGUCAGUCACUGGACCAAGCACUAGACAGCCCGCCAUUCUCCCAGAACAACCGGGACAACAAUUACCUGAACCUCAAUUAUGAAUACAAAGGGCGUCACGGGAAACACGGGACCUUCCCACGCCAGUUCCACAUGUCCAGCCGCAGUAAAGACUACGGUGACGGUCGAAGGACCUUCCCUCGAAGCUUUAUGCCUCAAGAGAACCUGUUUCAGCUGGUCCCGUCCAGCCGUACGCGCAGCUAUAAUGGAGAAAGCACCUUGCUGUACAGUGGAGAUCCACACUCCAUCAGCUGGACUGAGAAAAACAGCCAACGCAGCACUCCUAAAUCCCCAAGGGCUCCUGUAAAUUGGCGUCAGGGGAAACUGCUCGGUCGGGGAGCGUUCGGAGAGGUCUACCUCUGCUACGAUGUUGAUACGGGACGCGAGCUGGCGGCCAAGCAGGUGCCCUUUGACCCUGAGAGUCAGGAGACCAGCAAGGAAGUGAAUGCACUGGAGUGUGAGAUCCAGCUCUUGAAGAAUCUGCGUCACGACCGUAUCGUGCAGUACUACGGCUGCUCGCGUGAUCCAGUGCAGAGAAAGCUGGCCAUCUUUGUGGAAUUCAUGCCCGGGGGCUCUAUUAAAGACCAGCUGAAGGCGUACGGAGCACUGACUGAAAAAGUCACCCGCAAGUACACCCGACAGAUCCUACAGGGAGUCCACUAUUUGCACAGCAACAUGAUCGUACACAGAGACAUCAAAGGCGCUAACAUCUUGAGGGACUCCUCUGGAAAUGUGAAGCUGGGAGAUUUUGGGGCUAGCAAGCGCAUUCAGACCAUCUGCAUGUCUGGGACGGGAAUCAAAUCGGUCACCGGCACCCCCUACUGGAUGAGCCCGGAGGUCAUUAACGGAGAAGGCUAUGGACGCAAAGCAGAUAUCUGGAGUGUUGCCUGCACGGUCGUAGAGAUGCUGACCCAGAAGCCCCCGUGGGCUGAAUAUGAAGCAAUGGCAGCCAUUUUCAAGAUCGCAACCCAGCCGACUAAGCCAAACCUGCCCGAGAGUGUGUCCGACGCAUGCAGGGACUUCCUGCGGCAGAUCUUUGUGGAAGAGAAAUGGCGGCCCACUGCCGAGGGGCUUCUCAGCCACCCUUUUGUCCAGGGCAGCUUCUGAUCCUACAGAUCCCGGACGUCUCUGGGAUCCCUAGGGAAAACCACACACCUGCCCGCGGACGAUCACCACUCUGCCUUCCAGGGUCCGGAGAAACCCACCAACCAGCCAACUGAGAACAAUCGUGACCACAACGAGGGGGUGUGUAGCUCCCUAACACAGCUCGACAAAUAUCAUGGACGCUGAUAGCGCUUCCCAUAUUGUUAAUCAGAGUCAGAGCCCUGUCCCAAAUGAUGCACUUGACUUCAGAACUACAGAAUUUGAUGAGCUAAAUAGAACCUUUUUAUAUUUUCAAGGCUCUCAGAAGCAGUUAUUGUCAUAGGUAAACUUUUAAACUGCAUUCCCAUUUAAAAAAAAAUGACUUUCCAAUAGAGGAACAAUAAAAUGGAAAGAUUAAUUAUAGCAGUCAGAAGAGAGAAUGAUUUCAAAUGUCAGCAGUGUUAAUUAUCAUUUAGUAAUUUACCGUCAAGCUAAUAUAACAAAUUAUAGCACUGUAAAUGUAUAUUACAUAUUUUCAAACUAUGUGUAUGAAUAUUACAUAAAAUAGUAUUAAUUAAUAUUAUAUUAAUAUGUAAAAAUCACAGGACAAAAAUGAGCUCACAUUAAUCACAAAUAUUUUUUUUACAGUGUGUAUUCAUACAUAUAUAUAUAUAUAUAAUUUUUUUUUAUUUAUUUAUUUUUUUUUUUUUACACCACAUGACAUUUUCAUUGCAUUUUUAAAUAGUUUUUUUUAAACCAUAACAUUCGUUAUUAAAAACAUCCACACAUCUUAUUUUAUUUUUUUCUUUAGAAUGGACUCUCCUAUUUGUCAUUGCCAUUUGGGACAGAGCCUUUGUCUAGGGAUUGAUACAACGCAGUUAGCACAGAAUGGCCCAAACAAUGCUGAUUACAAUAGCUUAGUUUACAUGCAUUACUGCCGGUCGGCUUUAUCUGAUCCCCUGAUGCACUUGAAACCAGCACAAGCGCUCUGAUGCGAUACAACAGGGGUUGCUGGACACAUCACAUACGCUCUGUGUUUGACACAAAUGUAUUAGAGUAUCAUUUUAAGGUGGUCUUUUGUUUAACAGAAUUCAUUUGGGCAUAAAAGAGAGUUGAUUUUGAUUAUGGCUCAUGUAUCUCUCUACCCCUUGGUCCAAUCCUGAGUGUCAUUGAAAGUAGAUAGAAAAGACCUCAUGGAGCAAUUAUAAUGAUACAUGUACUGUACAAUACUCAUUCGAGUAAUUUUUUGUUAAGAUUACGUUGUUUGAUGGUUAGAAUCUAACCAAAUAAGAAAGACACAGAGUAAGACAUAUGCAACCACCAAAGUGGUAUGAGACAGAGAAAUGUGUCAUUUUUUUCAUGUCUUUUGAGCUAAUGAAGACUGUAUAAACACGUCUUUUUUUAUAUUAUGUAACGUUUUAGUUAAAGCACUCUUUACCCAGAGAUAAUCACUGUAAAUACAUUCCCAUUGCACUCUUGGACUCAUGCAUAGAGCACAUAGGAUGAUCAGCCGAGAUAUUUUUCUACAUUUUUAUAAAUUCACGUUUGGAAUGACAGUACCCAACUCUUUUGUAUUAUUAUAAAACUUACCCUAAAGUGUCAAAGCAAUAUUCCAGAGAGGACUACUGCGGCUGGUGUGUUAGCAUUCUCGUACUGUUCACUCAGUCGAAUACAACCAAAGAGUGAGAUGAUUGAAUUAUGAAUUUGGUCACUUCAGAACUGUUCGGUGUUGUGUUUUUGUUACCUAUAUGGUGAGUUUCUUUGUUUUGUUGACUCAAACUAUUCUUUGCUUAUAUACAGACGUUUUCCUUAUCAUAAUGAAAUAAACACAGUGUAAAAAAAAAAAGUUAAAGCAAUAGUUCACCCCACAAAAAUUAAAAUUUGCUGAAUUUACUCACCCUCAGGCUAUCUGAAUUUGAUUCUUCAUAUGAAAUGUAGCAUUACAUCACUUGCUCAUAAUGGAUCCUCUGCAGUGAAUGGGUGCCGUCAGAAUGAGAGUUCAAACAGCUGAUAAAAAUGUCACAGAAGUAAUUCACAUGAUUACAGUGCAGAGAAAAGCUGCUGUGUUUAAUAUUUGUUAUAAACAAAUCCAUAGUUAAUACAUUUUGGACCCUCAUUCUGACGGCACCCAUUCACUGAUGUAAUGCUAAAUUUCUCCAGAUCUGUUCUGAUGAGGAAACAAAAUAAUUUACAUCUUGGUUGAAUUGGAUGACAUUUUUAGAUUAACUAUUUCUUUAAACAUACAUUGUCUGGUGACUUUUUUUUAAUCGUGUCCAAAUGUAAAUGCUAAACUUUAAACACUUGAUUUUAUGAUUGCUGUUUUUUGUUCUGAAUUAAAAAAUACACCAGCAGCAAUUCAUGAUGCAAUUAGUGCCUUCUCUGAUGCCCUUAUUCUGAGAGGUCAGUCAUUUUAAAAACAUUUAGCCGUGGAAUGUGUUUUCUGAUGUCCUUCAGAUGGUUUCAGUAUCUCGCUUUGAUGCUGUUAAGGACUGAAUAUCUUUUACUGAAGAGGAUUGUAUUGUAAAUACAUACUGUACCGAGCUGUCAUAAUGUUUCACUAUAUACAAAGUACCUUAGUCACAGUAUAUUAUUACAGUUCUGAUUGUGGAAAGGUCUGUGUUUGAGAUGAUCUCAGCUGAGGGUGAACAGACCACGCUGGUUUUUGAGUGGCUAUGAAUGAAGAAUUCUGUGCUGCCUUGAUGAAAAAGCCUGGAGACAUUUAUCAGUGAUUUUGUACAUUUGAAUAAAUACAUUUAUUGUCUAAAA